AUGUUCGGAGCUACGUUACAUAGCGAGUGCAGCAAGGUGUACGCUCCGUCUGCCAGUACAGCCGACUACAACAGGGACUCACCGGGUUACCCCUCCUCCAAACCUCCCAGCGCCGGCUUCCCAAGCUCCUUCUUCAUGCCAGACGGUCACAGUGGAGAUCACUGGAGCAGCAGCAGCAGCAGUAUGGGCCAGCAAGGUUACCAUGGCAGCAUGCUGGGGGGAGGGAACUCAGCCCACGGCCCCGCCCAGAGCUCCUCCUACUGCGGGAUCCACCCUCAUGACAGACUG